AUGCCCUCUAAGAAUAUUCCGAUGGUGCUAGUCGAAUCAGAAAUGUUAGAAGUAAAAGAAAAACGAGGAAGAAGAUCGAUCUUAGCAAAACUUCCUAUAUUUGGCAAUAGUUUUGGACCAGAGCCUGAAAUUCAACUACGGUUGGUGAAGGGAAUUGAAAUAGCCGAAUUAGACGCUGGCCAAAAAAUAAUCAAAUUGAAGAAAACACUGGAUCGAGAUGAGCUUAAUAUUAGUACAUUUGUCACAGUAAAGGACGUGAAUGAUAAUGCGCCUCAAUUUAGCGCUGAUAGCUAUUUUUUCGAUCUUCCUGAGGAACUUCCCGUUGGAACAAUAGUUUUCAUGAAAAUCAAGGCAACAGAUAAAGAUCAACUGGGACCGAAUAGCUUCAUAAACUAUCGAAUUUUGCCUAGUGAAUAUUCGCGAUAUUUGAAUAUUGUGGAUCCAACGUCUCCUAUUUUAACUGUUGCCGAUCGCAUCGAUUUCGAGCAGUUGAAACAAUUCGAUCUUGUCGUAGAAGCUAAAGAUAGUGGCGAUCCACCUCGUUUAUCGACAGCAAAUAUUCAUGUUACAGUAACCGACAUCGAUGACCUUAAUCCUAUAUUUCAACACGAUUUGUAUUAUGCAACACCGCAUUCUAAAGGAAUUCUCGAUGUAUCACCGGAACAAAUUUUUGCAAUUGAUGGCGACACACUUGGCGCUGCUAUUGAAUAUUCCAUUCAUGGAGUUGGAAGUGAGAAUUAUGCGAUAAGUAAUCUCGGCGUUGUGAGAGCUAUUAGCGACAAUGUGCCGCCUGCGACAUUAAUCGUGAAAGCAAAAGAAUUGAAUAGAAAUGAACGUUUCUCAAUGACAAUCUUAAAAAUAGAGAAUGAACAAAUUCAUUUCGACUUAUCGCUAUAUUCAGUUAAAUUAAUGGACAAUGUCGAACUUAAUACGGAAAUAAUUAGGAUUCAUGCCAUAUCGCCAAAUAAGGAAAUAAAUAUCACCUACAAUAUUGAAAAUCGUGAAGAAGCAAUUGUAGAUGUUGAUAAGCUAACGGGAUGGGUAUUCAUAAAAGCGCCGCUUAAAGAUAAAAAAUAUUCUUAUCGCUUAUCAGCAACGGAUGGAAAGAUGAAGGCAUGGACACGUUUGGAUAUUGCAGUGGAAAAUAAUAAAGCACCAAUUUUCGAUAAAAAUUCUUAUUCAUUUCGUAUUGGUCAAACCUCUUCGAUUGGAAGCGUUCGAGCUUCUGUUAGUGAAAAUACAAUAAAAAAAAAUGAUCGUUUCGAAUUAAAAUCUAAAAAUUGGUAUUUUACGAUUGAUGACAAUGGACAAAUAAAAAAAUUAAUGAAACCACCGUUACCGGCUGAAUUGGUGGUUAUCGCUGAAGGUUUGAAUGGCCUUCGCUCAUUCACCACAGUUAAUAUUAGUCUUGAUGCUAUUCCAAUUUCAACAUUCACCACCGUUUCAGCAAUAAUUUUUGGAAUUAUCGUUUUAUUCUCCAUCAUUCUUAUUUUCAUUGUUAUUCGAAGGCUUAUAAAUAUAUGGCGACAAAAACAUGUAUGCUGGCUAAGAACAACUGGCAAUAAUUCAAUUAUUAUGUCAAAAUCGAAAUCAUUUGAUAGCGGAUAUCCUAUCGAGGAAGAAAAUGAAAAAAAUCGAGAUCUCGACAAUUAUAUGAAUAGUUCAUCUUUUCCUGUAUCUAUUUCUCCAUUAAGAACACUUAGUAAUUUUCCAAUUAAAACUACUCGAUAUUCAUUUCAAAAUAGUUAA